UAAUAAAAAUGCACAGGAGUUAUACGAUAAAUUAUCUAAUAUAAUUAUUAAUCUAAACAAAAAAAUCAUUCUAAUUACUAAGAAAAAAUACACUUCAGCGAAUGAAUUUCUAAAUGAUCCUAAGUAUAAAAAUAAGUAUAGUAGUGAAACGGAUACAACUAGCUUCAAGGACCUUACUCAAACAUCACAAAACGAACUUUUGGAAAAAGAAGUAAUGUUUCAAGGAAAAAUGAUCAGCUUAAACAAAUUAAUAGAUCCAAGGGACGAAAACGCAAAACAACUCAUUGAUUCAGAAAUAUGAAUGAAGCUAAUUAAGAACGAAGAAAUAACCAUAGGAAAGCCACCGCCAGCCUUAAAAGAUUUGGAAGCAGCUUAUGCAAGAAUUAAUGAAGAGAUUGUAGUAAAGAAUUUAGUAAAUGAUUUAUCGAAAACUUCAGACCAGUCUAGGCUUUUUAUGAUCACCGGUAUUGAUCGGAACGAUGUUGAAGCAGUACGAAAUAAAUUAAUAAGGCGGCUUAAGAUAGAAGGAGAAAGUUAUGCAAAGAUUGCUAAUAAAAUAAGACAACAAGUGAGUUUUUUCAAGGAAGACUCUGCUGCUGACACAAGAAUCAUUAUAACUCUUGGUUGUAAUAAAGAGUAUCACUUAAAAAGUUUUAAAUCCUUGUGUCAUAACAAUCCUAAAAAAAUAGUUUAUUAGAUAGAAGUAACGUCUCAAAAAAGUUAUCUGCGGCAGUUUUUUAAUCCUAAUUUUUAUCUUAGAAGAAAAUUAAUUUAUCAUGAUAAAAAAAUCAAUAAAGAUAACAUGAGAAAGGAAUUGAUGAAAGCUAAGCCUGAUACUUUAUUCCUUUUUACUGGAGUGAAUGAUGAAGAUCUUUCGACAAUAUUCCAAUUGCAUCAAGAAGAGGAGACUAAAUUUAAACUAAAUACAAUAAUCCAAAAAGAAAAUGGUCCAGCAAAGUUUGUUGAAUUAGUAAAAAACGGGCGUAAAUCUAUUCAUUGGCUGCAUGUAGAAAACGACAAUCCUAAUAAGCGUAUCAUUUGGCGAAAAUCUCAUGGUUCUUUGGAUAUUUUACGUAAUUAUGUUGACAAAAAACCAGAGCUGUAUGAUGAAACUGAAUUUUUUAGAGCCAUCAAAGAUCAGGUAGUAAUUAUUGUUGAUGAUCCAGGCAUGGGUAAAACAACUACUUUAACUAGUUUAUCGGAACAAAAACUCGCAACGGAUUGGGUAAUUCGAAUAGAUUUCAAAGACUGUCAGGAUAAAAUUGCAUUUUUGCCAACUAAACAAAAACAACGGUCAUAUAAUAUAGAUCAUGCUUUAAACUUUUUAUCCACAGUCGAGAGUAGUGGUUUGAAUACAGAGUUGGCUAAAAGAUUAUUCAAAUUUAGUCUACAGAAACCGAAAAUAUCUGUUCGUAAACCAAUACUGCUAUUGUUUGAUGGUUUUGAUGAGAUUAUUAAAGAUAAACAUCAAGCAAAAAUAGUUUUAUUACUAAAGUUUCUAAAAGAACACACUUCUGCUACAAUUUGGGUUUGUACGAGACCCUAUAAAAUGUAGAAAUUGGAAAAUAGUUUAUCAACAUUUGCUACUAAAUUUGAAGAGUUUAAGUCUGAGCAACAAGAACAAUUUCUCAAUGAAUAUUGGCAAAUUCAUCUUUCAUUGAUGUUGCAUCAAAAUAGCGAACAGGACUAUCAAUCGAAGAUUGAACUUUAUGCCAAGGCUUUACUUGAAAAAGUUGUUCAUAUUUUUGGAGAAAAUAUGUCCCGUUUCAUGGGCAUUCCUUUACAAUUACGUUUGUUGGCAGAAGGUUUUCAAAGGGAAGUUAUAGAAUUUUCGAAGAGUCAACGGCAUGAGGUUCCAUCUUUUGAAGCUCUUAAUGUAUUGGAUAUUUAUGAACAUUUUAUUGAAGCAAAAUAUGAUGUUUAUUUUAAGGAAAAAAUUCGUCUUGAUAGUAGUUCUCAAUACAUCAAAAAUAAUCUAACUGAAUGCUUUAACAAGGACCAUCAAUGUUUAGCUUUCAGUGUGUUGUUUCCUGAAGUGGAACAAACUGAUAUUGUUCAAAUGUUUGACAAACAUAAAUUACCAGAGCCAGAAAGAGUGAACGGUCUUAAAUCACUUGGAAUUAUUCAGUCUGUGGGAAAUGCGAAAAAUGUUUAUUUCAUUCAUAAAACGUUUGCUGAAUAUUUUGCUGCUACUUUAUUUACUGGCAGUUUAAAGAAAAAUAUAUCCAAUCCAUCAAAAUAUGAAUCAAUAAAAAGGUUUUUACUCCAAGAAAUGUUUAAAGAUAGUAAUGAAGUAAUUCGUAAUUUUAUUGAUCGUAUUUUGGCAAAAGACUCUCCCAUCUAUUCUGCUACCUUGGAUCAAAAUUUAUCUACAAUCAAUGAUUUGUUAUAUAAAAAGAAUUUAGAUGUCACUAUAGUUGAUCGAUUAGGAAGAACAGCUCUGCAUUUAGCAGUUCAGGAAGGUAGCAUUUAUAUUGUGAGGGUUUUAUUAGCAGCAGGUUUUAACGGCUUACAAUCGGACAUUUUCGGUAAAACAUCCCUUCAUUAUGCUUUUAGUUAUGGUGGUUCCGAAAUCAGUGAAUAUAUUUUAAAUUAUUAUGCAGACAUUGACAUAAAUGAUAAUAUUUUUAGAACACCAUUGCAAAUAGAUACGGAGAUAGGUGAUAGUAUUUUUAAUAAAGCAGAAUAUGCACAGUCUCAACUUGUAAACUUCGUUAAUAAACAGGAUAUCGAUGGAAAGACCGCUUUAUAUUAUGCUGGUGAACUAGAAGAGUGGUAUUUAGGUUGUAUUUUGUUGUUGAAUGGUGCUUAUAUUAAUGCACUAAAUGAAGAAAAACAGAAGGAAUUACUAAUAUAUGCUGCUGAGGGGACUGGUCCUGCCUAUUCAAAGUACUAUCAUAAAUUGUGGCCCGUUGUUGGUUUACUGUCAAUGAAAGUUCAUGAUGCGGUUCAUAAUUAUAGUAAGUAUCCUCGCCUAUUAUCAUGGUUUUUAGAAUUUGGGCAUAUAAAAGUAGUAGAUGCAUUAUUGGGAGCUAUAGCAGAUAAUGAAAAAAGAAAAAGAAUUUUCAAUAAUGAAUAUUAUUUAGAUUGCGUGAACGAUAUUUAUGAACUAAGUGAUAGAGAUCAUUUACAGGCAAUAAAAUAUUUACAAGGAAAUGGGGCUCUAAAGAAUUAUCAUAAUAUUUAUUGUACUCUGAAAUCUGCUACAUCAAAAGGUCACAUUGAGACUUUUAAAUAUUUAGAAAAUGGAGAAAAAAAGGAACUGUUUCAUGUUUAUAUUGGUGUAGCAAUAGAAAAAAAUCGUUUAAAAAUUGUAAAAUAUUUAUGGCAAAACUAUCGUGAGUUUACUACUACAGAUUGUGGAAUUACUGCAUUACACUAUGCUGCAGACAAAGGAAACAUAAAAAGUAUUGAAUAUUUAUGUGACAACGAGGCUGAUGUUAACUUUGCUGCUGAGGAUGGUAGAACUCCUCUUCACUAUGCAGCUAAAGAAAAGAGAUUAGAUGUAAUAAAAUAUCUAGUAAGCAAAGGGGCAAAUGUUAAUAUUUCUGAUGAGAAUGGAAUGACUGUUUUGGACUAUGCUUUAGAACCAUUAUCUUAUUAUUAUGUAUCUUUUCAAAGAAAUGAAUUAGAUGCAGCAAAAUAUCUCAUAACAGAAUGCAAUGCUAAUUUUGGAAGGCGUACUCGUAUAAAUAUUGCUACAGCGAGAAAAAUUGUUCAAAAAACGUAUAAAGAUGUAAAUAUUGCUGAUCAAAAUGGUGAAAUUUUAUUACAUACUGCAGUUAAAUCAGGAAAGGCACUUUUUGUAAAAUUUCUUCUCAAACAAGGAGCUAAUGUUAAUGUUCGGAACAAAGACGGUAGAACGCCAUUAAAUUUAGCUUUAGAGCAGCGUUUUACUGAUAUUGCAAGAUUACUAUUGCAAUACGGUGCUAUGUACGAUGCACGCGAUAAAAAGGGCAAAACACCUCUUGAUUCAUUCAAAAAAAAAUUUGAUCAGUCCAAAUCAAUUCAAAUUGAUGAGUUAUUGAAAAUGAUUGACAGCUUAUUCCAUAGUAAAAACUUGAUACAGGAUUUAGAGGAUAAAUGGUUAAUAGAAAGAAAUGAUGAUGCAAGGAAUCCUUUGCUUUCUACGGAGAAAUGGUUGACAGAAAGAGAUAAUGGACGUCGGUGGGAUUCUGAUGUGUCUGAUGCAAGGAACCCUAUGGUUUUUAUUCUUAAUGCACGAAAUGCCCAAGGAAGAACUUUAUUACAUGUAGGUGCUGACCAAAAUGAUUUUGAAGCAAUUAAAUGUUUAUUCGAAUUCAACCAGGAUUAUCUCAGUAUAAGGGAUUUGUAUCACCAUGCAAAAGAUUUUCAUUCGAUGGAUUUAACGGCAAAAGAUUCUCGAGGAGAUACGCCAUUGCAUCUUGCAGCACUGCAUGGCAAUAAAGAAAUAGUUGAUCUUUUUUUAAAAGAAGGGGCAGAUAUCAGUGUUAAAAAUAAUGAAGGAGAUAUUCCUGAGAAUCUUGCCAGGAAUAAUAAUCAUAAUGAUGUUGUUAAGUUGCUUCAAUCAACUGGAGAUUUAUUUAUUGCUAUAGAAGAAAAUAAUAUACUUAAGGUUGAAAACUUGAUCAGUAAAGAAGCAAAUAUUAAUCAAUUAUAUAGAGAUGGUAAAUCACUAUUACAGUUUGCUGCUACGGAGAAUCGAGAAGAGAUUGUUAAAAUAUUAUUGAAAAAUGGUGCCACUUUUACUGCUGAAGACAUACAAAAUGAAGCACCAAUUAAUCUUGAGGAGAGACAGUUAGGAAGGAGUAUUAAUGUAUUUUAUGCAAUUAAUAUAUCAUUUUAUUACGUACAAAGAAAUAAUCCUGAGUUAGUAAUUGAUUACUUGAAGAAAAUAAAACUUUGCAAUGUUGAUUACCUUAGCACUCUUAUCAAUACUUGUGAUUAUCAAGGUAAUACUCUUUUACACUAUGCAGUUCAAGAGGAUUAUUUUGAUGUUAUACAAUUUUUAUUACAAAACAAAGCAGCCUAUGAUGUAAGCAAUAAACAAAAUAAGACUCCUGCUAGUCUUGCCCAUCAUCAAGAUAUUAUUAAUUUACUGGAUUUUAUUCAUCUAUUGUUUUCUAAUGAAAGUAGUAUGAAACUUAGUUAUAGUUUGAAAGAUAUAGAAAAAGAUCCAGAGACAUUGAGAAUUAUUACCAAUGUUCGUAACAGUUAUGGCUUAACAAUAUUAGAUCAAAAUUCGAACUCUUACACACUGAAGUUUUUGGUGAGGAAUGGAGCUGAGAUUAAUGCUGUAAGUAAAUAUGGUAGAACACCUCUGCAUUUUGUUGCUCGUAAAGGUAAAUUAGAACUAGUAAAAUGGUUAAUAGAGCAUGGAGCUAAUACAAAUGCCAAAGACGAUCAUGGAAAUACAGUCCUGCAUGAAGCUGUCUCUUCUAGACAGUUGGAUCUAAUUACAUGGUUGGUGGAAAAACAAGGAGUGAAUAUCGAUACUAAAAAUAAUUAUGGCGAGACAAUGGAUUCGAUAGAGCCUUCAAUCAAGUGCAGACUUAGUGCAGAACAAAAAAGUGAAUCGAUAUCAUUAUUAGCUAGUUCAGCAAGUGAUUUAAGUUGUAUUCCUGGCCCUAGUAGCAUGCCCGUACGUCUUAGGAAGCUACCCAUAUGGCGGUGUUCAGAUUAGGUAGGAGAACCAGACAAACAAAAUGUAGUUGCUAAUGUGGCUUUUAGACUACUGCAGGAUGUUGGUAAAUUUAUUGCUGGCAAAAUAAGUAAAGAUCAUGAAA